UAUUAUUAAUCAUAUGAUUAAUAUCUAGAGAAUACAAUAAAGUAAAGCUCUCUUGCAACAAUUUUCAAAAAUUAAUUCUGGAAAAAAUAUAAACAGAAUAGGAGGAGCUUGUCUCUCUUGUGUAAUAAGACCAGUUAGGUACUUGGAGGCAGGAUGAUGCCCUGGUCACUGUUAAUAUUUUGAAUACCUCAUUACAGGACAGGUUUUUUCUGACUGUGCUCCCAGCUAGUGCCAGGUCCUUCAUGACAUUACUCCUUUUUUCCUCCAGCCUGUUUUCUCACUUUUCUUUUUCUUUUCCCCUGCAGUAUUUAGCUUUUCUUCUCUUUGAGACUCUUUCACUACUCACUUAUGCAACAACAAUCAGUGACCUGUAAAGGUACUUUGGGCUGGAACUGCAAUCAAAGAACAUCCAAAUAACUUAGGUAAAAACCCUGUUUUGGAUCUGCCACAUACUCGUUUGGGACCUCUUGAGUGAACCUCUGCUAUUCCCUGUGUUCUUAAAAGUCAGGAAAAUUGUGCCUGUUGAGAUGAAUAGAUAAAAAGUGUAUCAUUUGUCUGACUUAUAAAGCACCACAAUGUACAAUUUUAGUGUUCCACUAAACAUAAGCAAUUUAAAGCAACUGAAUAAAAUACAAAAUAUCAAACCUGUCUUUGCUUCAAUAUUUUGUCCUUUUCUAUCCUCAAGUUACUAAAAUAAACUUGAAAAAACCCAAGCAAAGAAAAUUAAUUACUCCCACUAAAUAAGGACUGAUGAAAAAAAUAUGGCUAAGUGGUAUCAGUAGUUUUGAGUUCUUCUUUUGCUCAAAAUGCUGAUGAGUUUUUAAUGGGGAGGGAUAUAAACAGACUGCAGGAUACAAGUUGUUACUAGCUGAAGAAAAUGAAAAACUAAAAUAAUUCUAACUAAAACUGGAAAUUAUGUAUCAGCUUCUGCAAAAAGCUGCAAAUUUAUUAGGUGAUGGAGACAUAGGAACUUUUAAAUUUUUCACUUAAAUGAGGUGAAGCUGUGAAGAAAGGCGUUUUAGAAAACACGUUCAAAGGAGUGUUACCCAUUACUGUGUUAAAAAAGAGAGAUAUUUGAUCUUUGUUUCGCAGAAGGUGCUUGAUACCCCCCUCACUCUUUUCCUGUUUACCACAGAUACAAAAUUUUCUAUUUGUCCCCAAGCCUAUCCUGUGUCUGGCAGCUGCCCAUUUGACAGCUGCGUAUCACAAAAUCUCAGCCCUCUGCACGAGUGAAGUGAAAGCGAAUUAAACCUCCUGGACACCCCUGAGCCCAAGCAGAAGGGCACAAGGAGAAGGGGGCCAGGGCCAUCUGAGAGAGUAGAGGCUUCCUACUGUCAGAGGUACCUGAGAUGAAUCCCACCAGCCAAUUCGUUGGCACAACAGAAUAUGACUAUGGAUACGAUGAAAACACUGAUCCGUGUAACGAAGGAAACAACUUUCGCAGGUUUAAAUCCCUCUUUCUGCCAAUUCUUUACUGCCUUGUGUUUGUCUUCUGCCUCCUGGGAAACUCCUUGGUCCUCUGGGUUCUCUUGACCAGGAAAAGGCUGACAACAAUGACUGACAUCUGCCUGCUGAACCUCGCUGCCUCUGAUCUCCUCUUUGUUUUGCCUCUCCCUUUCCAAGCCCACUACGCUUCAGACCAGUGGGUUUUCGGCAACGUCAUGUGUAAGAUAAUGGCUGGCAUUUACUACACAGGUUUUUAUAGCAGUAUUUUCUCUAUAACCCUCAUGAGUGUAGACAGGUACAUAGCAAUUGUCCAUGCUGUCUAUGCCAUGAGGAUACGGACAGCCACUUGUGGUGGAAUUAUCAGCUUGAUCCUGUGGCUGGUGGCUGGCUUGGCUUCUGUACCCAACAUCAUGUUCAGCCAGGAGCUGGAGAUCGAGCAGGCUUUGCAGUGUGUCCCCAUGUACCCCUCAGGUGACAAUACCUGGAAGGUUACUUCUCAGUUUGCAACCAAUAUCUUGGGCCUCUUGAUUCCCUUUAGCAUCCUCAUUUGCUGCUACACUCAGAUACUAAAAAACCUGCAAAAAUGCAAAAACAGGAACAAGGUCAAGGCGAUCAAGAUGAUCUUCAUCAUCGUCAUCGUCUUCUUCCUUUUCUGGACUCCUUUCAACAUUGCGCUGUUCCUGGACUCUCUGCAGAGCCUGCACAUCAUCAAUGACUGCAAAGCGAGCUCCCAGAUAGCACUGGCCCUGCAGCUGACAGAAACCAUCUCCUUCAUCCACUGCUGCCUGAACCCCAUCAUCUACGCCUUCGCUGGCGUGACAUUCAAGGCCCAUCUCAAAGGACUCCUUCAGUCCUGUGGUCAUGUCCUCUCCAGCCCUGCCGGAGGUGCCGGGGCUGGACAGUCAUUUUCAGCACCCACUCAGCACUCUGGCUGGUCUGACGGUGCAGGGGUCCUGUGAGCACACCUGAGCCACCUUCUGCUGGUGUGAGGGGCUGGCCGAAGGUCUGCUGCAGCCCUGGAGGUUGUACCAUGUGUGCAGCAUCCCCUGGGAGGUGCAGUAUGCCUGUGCCUCCUGUUGGGAUACGCUGUGACCUGCCACGUAAGAACUCGUGACAUCGAUUUCCCAAGAGAGCCACUGCAUUUGUGAAAUGGUGACCAUACAUUGCCACAGAAUAAUUUUAAUUAAGUUUUAGAGCUCCUUUAGUACACUUCAGCAAGCAGACUGCUUCCUCUAGUAUCUAUUUUCUCCUCUGAUCAAAGCGUCGCUUCUGCCUCACCCCCAAGUGUGCUGUGCCUCGUGGAAGCUGAAUCCCUAUAUCCCUUGGACAAGUGUGUGACACACCUCUGGAAAGUGGGAAGUGGACAGGCAUGGGAUUGCCUCAUAUUGCAAAGAGGGAAUCACCUCAGACACUGUCACAGUUUCCCCUUUGCCUCAGCUCCCAGACUAUAAAGCUCCACAGCUCAACACCCUGCUUGUGUGGGAUGGUCCCAGGGGCAUAGCCCUGGAAUCCUUGGAACUGCUGUCACCCAGAGCAGCCUUUGGUAGUGAUGCCUCCAAAAAUACCACAGCAAUGGCUCCAGAUGGCCCCUAUACUGGUCACUCAUGGAAGCUCCUACACUUGAAAACAUUGUCCUCAGAGCAAGUGGGGGCUCUGCAUCACCUCUGGAGCUGUGGGAGCUCCAACUCUGUGCCUCCAGCACUCGCUGCUAAAUAUAACCAUCAUAAAACCCCCUAUAGCAAAGCAGGCUCCUUCUCUUUUUCCAAAUGUCUUCAUUUUCUGCCAUUUAAAAAAUGCUUUCUUUGAAUAAACAUUAGCUACACCUUUUUUUGUCUUGGUUCUUGAUAGUCUGCCUGAUGACUCACAAGCCUCGAUUAGAAUAAGGAAACUUUGAGUUUGAAAAUUUUUGAGUGGGUAUCACAUAAAUGCAUAUGAUGGAAUUGAGAGGCAUCCUGAAGUUCUUCAGCAAAAUAGUCUCAUCUCCAUUUUUUUUGCUGAGGAAGCUUUGUUCUCCAAAUCCCAGUAAAAAUUCACAGGGAAAAAAAUAACAUUUAUAUUGAGGUAGAAUUACUGCAAACACAUUUUUAAAAGUUACUCAAGAGAACACCUGAAAUCAGGGAAAACACACCCUGGAUAUUGUCAAAGAUUUUCUUUUUUAAGGUAUUAAAAUUUUAAAUAUUUUCCUAAUUUUACCUUUCCUUCUGAAAAUAUAAUUUCAUCUUUUUAUCCUUCCUAAAAAUUAAAAAAGAAAAAAAAUAAACUUGGUGCCAAAAUAUUCUUGCUAUUUACUAUAUGGUAAAGAAAAUACUUCUUUAUUUUAUUAUAGAUAGCAUAAGUAACAUUUCUAGGCUUUAUUCCCCAAUGGAUAAGAAAUGCCCGGCAACUCAAUUAUUAUAUUGUUUUACUUCUCAGAAAACUUCUAUUUAGAAACAAAGCUCUCUCUGCAUUUCUGUGGGUUUUUUGGACUGCAUAGGGACUUUAAUGAUUGAAAAGAAACAUGGGCCAGCAUCUCAGGUCAGGUUAUCUUCUCUCUGUGGCCAGAUUUCGGAGUUUGGAUGAAAGUAUUUCUGUUUAAAAUAUUCAGUGACACUAACCAUCAUUUCUCCUGUUGAUUUUUCAGAUUAGGAAGGGACAGGAAACAGAGCUUAUAUUGCUUUAACUGAUGUUUUGAAAAGAAGGGAUAAUGAAAAUAUUGUGUGACCAGCCCUCACCCACUGGCACUUCCCUAAUGAGCAGUAAGAUUCUCUCCAGGUUACAAGACAAGUGUCAA